AUGUUUCCAAAUAUUACUGAUAAGAACGAGGAAUAUGAAAAAUUUAAAUCUUUUGUGGGCAAUGGUUUGUUAACUGCUCCAGUUUAUUAUAAUUUAGUUAAACUUUAUAUUGGAAGACGGCAUGCUGGUGGAAUGGAUAUAGCUGCACAGAGGAUCUUCAAAUUAUGGUUACUUCCCAACAUAAUUUUGUAUAACAUUGUUAUAAAAAAGAAAUAUCAGGCCUGUUUGUCUUAUCUGAAUAACUUUACAAAUAAAUUAAGGACACUUCUAGAUUUUUUAUUUGAAUUAUCGCACGAAAGGGGAAAAUAUUCGGAGCAAGAUAUCCGCGAUGAAAGGAAUACAAUAAUUAUAGCUGGAAGCGAAACUUCAGCCACAGCCAUUAGCUUUGUACUUUUAAUGCUUGCAACAUUCCCGGAAAUACAAGACAAAGUAUAUGAGGAAAUAAAUCAAAUUUACUGCGCGGACCAUCCGAAACGUGUUCCAAUAACAUAUAAUGAUAUUAAAAGUAUGAAACUUUUGCAACGUAUGAUCCAGGAAACGUUAUGUCUUCGCAAUUCUAGUCAUCGCCCGGAGAUGAGAGAAGUUUGGACUAUACCGAAAGUUACUUCAGCAGUGUUUCUCAUUUAUAAACUUCAUAGAAGCGCAAAAUAUUGGCCGCGUCCAUUAGUAUUCGAUGCCGAUAGGUUCCUACCGGAAAGGAAUUGUUCUACAUAUUUCUUUCCAUUUAGGUACGGUCAAAAUUUUGCUAUGCUAAACAUGACAAUAAUCAUUGCUACACUAAUAAGAAGAUUUCUAAUUAAAAUAAAUGAUCCAAUAGGAACUGCAGAAACAGAUUUAAAGAUAAUUCUCACUUUAAAACCGGCAAAACCAAUAAGAUCAAAAUUUGAAAGAAGAAAUUAA